AUGGCGACGAUGCGGCCAGAAGACAAUCGCAAACACCAGCCUGCAUCGGAGGAUGAAAUACGACCGAUACCAACGGGUACACUAAAUCGUGCUGCGGCUAAUCACGGCAACGAAGCGUGUUAUUUCAAUAGUAUCGAUUUACCCGGUCUGUAUGAUAAUACAACCGAAGCAGCCACGUUGCAAAUCAAACACACAAUCGAUAUGCGAAAGAAACUACUUAAUUUUCUUCUUUCGCGUGAAGAAUUUUUCAACAUUCAUCGUUUUAUUCCAUCUGGUGACACCGCCAUCAUUCGUCAAAGAGGAAGGGAUAAGAUAGACAAAAACUCGAUAGUCACAAGAAUGGCUUCAAAAGUUGACAUUUCUCAAAUAGAAAUCAAUGAAACAAUUUCGAAAAAACGACAGAUCAGAAGUUUAUUCCAUUACGCUACAAAGCUUGAUUGGUUCUACAUGUUUUUAGCAGGUCUAGUCAGUAUUUUACAUGGUACUACGAUCCAAGUCUUAUUAAUCGUUUUUGGAAACGUUACGAAUUUAUUCACAAAUCGUUCAACAGACCUUUGUAUGACAAAUUCCACUUCGCUAUCUCAACUAAACUGCUCGUCGUAUAAUCAAUCGAAUAUCGAAGAAAUUUUUCCUUUAUGCAAUUUCACUCGAUUACCUUCGAAAUUGGCAUCCGAAAUCGGACAACAAAGUGUAUAUAUAGCUGUUAUGGGUUGUAUUGUCUUCGUUUUUGGCUACAUUCAAGAUACUCUCUGGGCAUUGACAUCUGAAAGGCAAACAUUUCGAAUGCGUCAAUCGAUUUUUCGUUUACUUAUGAGGCAAAAUAUCGAGUAUUUUGAUACUCACCAUGUUGCCGAUAUGAAUACCGUUCUUAUGGAAAAUAUCAAUAAAGUUAAAGAUGGUCUUGGUCAUCACCUGGGAACUAUUUUACAAUGUCUGGCUACUUUUCUCGCUGGUUUUAUCAUUGGAUUAAUCAAAAAUUGGAAAUUAUCCCUUGUUUUAUUAUCAUUUUCUCCAAUACUCAUUACUUGUCUGCUGGUUCUUUCCAAAAUGAUGUCAAAAAUGAUCACGACGGAAAUAUCUGCUUAUGCAAAGGCCGGAACGAUCGCUCAAGAAGUUCUUUCAUCAAUAAGAAUGGUUUUCGCCUACAAUGGAAUGGAUCACGAAUAUCAUCGAUAUACACAAAACUUGCAUUCGGCGAGAAAAACUGGGAUACGCAAAGGGAUAGUUUUUGGAAUUAUGAUGGGAUUCAUACGUCUUGUUAUUUUUGUAAUAUACGCGGUUGGAUUUAUUUAUGGAACUCAUUUGAUUCAAACCGAAAACUCGACGAUCGGUGAUGUUUUUGUGGUCUUUUUUGGUAUUUUUAUCGCAGUUUUUUCUCUUGGACAAGCGACGAACACAUUGCGAUACCAAAAUGAAGCCAUUUGUGCAGUGAACUCCGUUCGGACAUUGUUAAAUCUCGAUGUUUUCGAGCAAGUCCAUCAGCAACGCAAAGAAUUUGAUCGUCAAGUGAAUAUCCAUGGAGACAUAACAUUUGACAAUGUCAGCUUCGCUUAUCCAUCACGACCGAAUUCAGUCAUCAUUUCAAAUGUGACAUUUCAUGUAAAAUGUGGCGAAACUGUUGCUAUUGUAGGAUCAAAUGGUUCUGGGAAGAGUAGUUGUUUACAACUAUUGCAAGGAUUCUAUGAACCAACAAAUGGAAGCAUAAGUCUCGAUGGAAUACCAUUAGAUAAAUAUGAUGUAGAUUGGCUAAGAGAAAAUAUGUCAGUAGUUAGUCAAGAUGCUGUGCUCUUCUCUACAUCGAUUCGUGAAAAUAUCAUGUGCGGAAAUCGAAACGCAACAGUGAAUGAUAUGUUACAAGUAGCAAAACUGACCAAUCUAGAUCGCAUAGUGGAAAGAUUUCCUCAGGGAUACGAUACAAUCAUAGGUGACAAUAGUAAUCAUCAACUGUCUGGUGGACAAAAACAACUGAUUUGUGUAGCAAGAGCGUUGAUUAAACAAGCGAAACUAAUGUUGCUUGAUGAAUGUACCAGUGCAUUAGACUAUGAAAAUGAGUCAAACAUCAUGGAAAUUCUCAAGCAAUCAUCAUCAAAUCGAACAACUAUAAUCAUAACUCAUCGAAUUUCUACAAUUCGACAUGCAAGUCGAAUUCUUGUAAUGCAAGAUGGCCGAAUAGUCGAACAAGGUACACACGAAGAACUCAUAGCAGUGAAGAAUGUUUAUUAUAAUAUGGUUCAUAAUUGCGAACAAAAUCAUAGGAUGAUCGAUGAUUUCGAACGAGUCGAGUCAGAUUUAGAACGACACGAGAAUAAUUCCAAUCAGCCAUCAAUCGUCGUCAAUGAUCAAACAGAUACGACAUCUGAAGAUAGAAACAUCCGAUCGCCAACUUGGUACAUGCUGAAACUGAAUCGACCGGAAUGGUUAUAUAUCCUAUUCGGAUGCGUGGCCUCUUUUUGUACUGGCGGUUUUCAACCAGCUGUAGGUAUUCUAAUCAGUAAAAUUAUUGCGGUUUUUCAAAUGUGUAGUACAGAUGAGCAGAAAGAUAGAAUUGGACUUUAUGUAUUGAUAUUCUUUAUCUUUGCAAUUCUAAUAUGGAUAACCGUUUUCCUACAAAAUUUUUUGUUUGCAUAUUCUGGAGAAUCGCUGAUACAACGAAUUCGUUCGAAAUUGUUUAAAACCUAUAUGGGCCAAGAGAUUUCUUGGUUUGACGAUCCCAGUCAUAAUACCGGGUCGCUUUGUCUUCAAUUAUCGUCCGAAGCAUCUGCAGUACAAAAAUCAGUCGGCGUGCAUUUGGGUACAAUUUUCGAAACAUUUGGAAAUUUGGGUACCGGAACGGUACUCUCGUUUGUGUACGGAUGGGAAUUGACCCUUGUGAUCAUUGGCUUUCUUCCAUUUCUAAUUAUAUCCGGUGUAAUCAAUAUGAAGUUAGUAGACAAAUACACGAAAAGAGAUUUAAUAACAUUUAAAGAAGUAUCUCAAUUAUCCAUGGAAGUCUUGAAAAAUAUUCGUACAGUUCGCCAAUUGACAAAAGAAGAUGAUUUCAUUCUUCGCUAUGAAACAUUAUUGUCAAAGCCGCAUCGAUUGGCUUGUAAGAGGGCUCAUCUCAAUGGCUUCCUCUUCAGCUUCUCCAACGCAAUGGUCUUCUUCGCACAAUCUGCUCUGACAGCAUUCGCUGUCUUCCUUGUGACGAACAAUCGAAUGACAUUUGAAAAUGUUUUAAUCGUUUUCAACUGUAUCUUACUCGGAGCUCAAGCGGCAGGGCAAACUGUUUCGAUAUCAUCUGAUUAUGGAAAAGCUCUACGCGCCACAAAGAAUAUCAUCAAAUUAUUCGAAGCAGAAAAGCAGUUGACUGAGAAGAAUUCUAGUGCUGGAAUGAAACUUACGGAUUUUCAAGGCAACAUCGAACUGAGCAUUAAUUCUUUUGCGUAUCCCGCUCGACCAAAUGUUUCUGUGUUAAAGAAUCUUCAGAUAAAUAUUCGAGCCGGACAAAGUGUUGCUCUAGUUGGUCUGUAUUCGUUACGGAGUAAAAACGGAUGUGGCAAAUCGACGAUUAUGCAACUAAUACAGCGUUUUUACGAUGUUUAUAAUGGUCAUUUGCUAAUUGAUUCAACUGAACUUCGACAUCUUAAUUUGCAAUGGUAUCGUUCACAGAUUGGUUAUUUAAGUCAAACACCCGUACUUUUUAAUAUAACUAUUGAAGAAAAUAUUGCAUAUGGUGAUCUUUCCCGUACGAUUUCACAAGAUGAGAUUAUCAAAGCAGCGAAAGAUGCACAUGCUCAUUCUUUUAUUGAUAAUUUACCUGAAAAGUAUAAAACGAUGGUUGGACCGAAUGCUGAACGUUUGUCCGGAGGACAAAGACAAAGUAUUGCUCUGGCUCGACUUUUCAUCCGAAAUCCUCGAAUUUUACUACUUGACGAAUGCACAAGUGCUAUGGAUCAUAUAAAUGAAAAAGCUAUAGAAAACUCUCUAAGCGGAAUCAAACAAAAUCGAACAUCGAUUGUAAUUGGACAUCAUUUAUCAUCGAUUCAACAUGCUGAUAUUAUCUAUGUGAUACAUCAUCAGGGGCAUGUUGUCGAAUCAGGUACACAUGAAACAUUAAUGGCGGCUCGGGGUUAUUAUUAUAAACUAGCAUUGGACUUGAUUCAUUAA